UGCCGCUGCCGCUCGGGGGAGAAAAAAUAUCUUUUUUUACGGGGCCGCGGGGUGCGUUUCCCCCGUCUCGAGGUAUAAAUCCGUCAAUCGACUGCUGCUCCUUUUCCACUUCGAUUCGCCGUCUCCUCCUCCCCCUUCCCCUCCGUCUCGCUCCUCGCCCUUAUCCCCGUCCCUUUCCCCUUCCUCCCACCCGCAGCCGACGAAACUUUCCCCAAGCCCCUCGGUGGAUCGGACCGCCGCGCUCCAUCCAUGUCGGAGGAAUCUGGUCGCCCUUUGCCCAAGUUUGGCGAAUGGGACGUCAACGACCCAGCUUCUGCUGAUGGGUUCACUGUUAUAUUCAACAAAGCCAGGGAUGAGAAAAAGGCUGGGAAUGGACAAGAUACUGAAUCCCCUUGCAAAGAUGCCAGGACUGAGAGGGUGGAAUCUUAUGCCACCAAGGCAAAUUCAAAGAAGUGGUUUUGCUGCGUGACACCAAGUCCUACACAAUCUUGAGGAGGACAAGCGUCGCCCGAAGAAAAAAUGGUUGCCGAAGUAUGGUCGUUUAAUUUUGCUAUAUACAUACUAUCCAUAAGACCUUGUAAGAGGUACCCAGGCUCCCUGGGCCAUCACGAUGGGUAUCUCGUAAAACUCUGAAGUGUGUGUAUGUAUGGUGUGAGGGUUGUCAGACACUCAGUUUGGAUAAGUGAACUUCUGAUUGUAAUUCUGGUCUUCCUUGUCGGUCUCGUUUUGUGUAGUAGUAGUGGUGAAGUUGAUA